AAUGUAGAUAAGUUCAUGUUGUUGAAAAUAAAAUGGCGUAAUUGGUUCGGAAAGUAUUUUGCGAGUGUUUGAGUGAGGAGAAAACCCUCGGGUUAAUAAGGGAAAUUGUUAAUGUUUAUAAUGUGUAAGCAUUACAACUGGGAUGUAAGCAACAGAUCUUGGAUUUUUUUCACAGAAUAUAUCCUGUUUAUCAAGCAAGAUUGCUACUAUUGUAAUAAAUUUGUACAGUACCAAAACAGUUGAUAAACCAAACGAGAGUUGUAAAUACCAUUCGUUGCUGCUAUGGACGAGGAUGAUGGCACACCACUUGUCAAAAUCGAACUUGAACAAGAAAACGAAAUACAUUCUUCUCUUGAUGGCACCGUUUUCAUCACCAACGAUGCUUUGGUUGCAAUAAAGGAUGAAAUUAACCUCGGUACACAGUAUUCCGAAUUGUUGUAUAAUGGAAACACGCAACAACUAACUGAUUAUAAAUUGAAUAUUAAUUUUCCAACUUCCAACAAUUUUAAAUGUGACUUUUGCAAUUACUCAACAGAUGGUCAUUUGCAACUUAAACAGCACCUUUUAAUGCAUGGGGUUUCCAAGGGCUUUAAGUGUAAUACUUCUGUUUACAGUAAAGCCCAUAGGCAACACUCUUUAAGACACAAAGUUUCUAUUAUCUUUAAAUGUGCAACUUGUAAUUUUGAAAGCAAUUAUAAGUCUCGCUUCAAAAGGCACCUUCUGACACAUGCUUCGAAAGAUUUUAAAUGCACUAAUUGCGAUUAUGUGACAAAUAAUGAGAAUUAUUUAAAAAGACACAUUUUAAAACACAAGCUUUCCAAAGAUUAUAAAUGCCCCACGUGUAAUUACGGAACACACAGUAAAUCUUACCUCGACCGACACCUUUUGAAGCAUAAGGAUUCUAAAGAUUUUAAAUGUGAUAAUUGUGCUUAUGGGACAAACAUAAAAUUUAAUUUCAAACAACACCUCUUGAUACAUGCACAGAAACACAUUUCCAAAGAUUUAAAAUGUGACAAUUGCAAUUACGUAACAAACAACGAGGCCUAUUUGAAACAACACGUUUUAAAACACAAAAUUUCCAAAGAUUUUAAAUGCGCCAAUUGCAGUUACGGAACCAAUUAUAAGGACAACUUCAAAAAACACCUCUUGACACAUGUUUCAAAGGAAUUUAAAUGUGCUAAUUGCGAUUAUGUGACAAACAUUAAAUUUAACUUCAAACAACAUCUCUUGACGCACGCGCUUCCUCAAAUUUUUAAUUGUGCCAAUUGUGAUUAUGUGACAAAUAAUGAAAACUAUUUGAAACAACACAUUCUAAAACACCAACUUUCCAAAGAUUUUAAAUGCUCCACUUGUGAUUUUGGGACACACAGAAAAUCUUGCUUCAAACGCCACCUUUUGAAGCACAAGGUUUCUAAAGAUUUUGAAUGUGCUAAUUGCGAUUAUAGGACGAACAUAAAAUCUGAAAUCAAACUACAUGUUCUAACACACAAGGAUUUUAAGAACUUUAAAUGUGACAUUUGUGAUUAUGGAACAAACACAAAAUAUUAUUUGAACCAACACCUUUUGAAGCAUAAGCUUUCUAAAGACUUGAAAUGUGGCGAUUGCGAUUUCGAAACAAACAUAGAAUGCAGCUUUAAAGUACAUCUUUUGUCACACAAAGUGUCUAAAGAAUUUAACUGUGCCGAUUGCGGUUACGGAACGAACAGUAGAGACAACCUUAAACGACACCUUUGGACACACAAAGUUUCCAAAGAUCUUAAAUGUACCGAUUGUGAUUACGAGACGAAUAAUAGAAGUCAUUUGAAACGCCACCUUUUAACUCACAAAUCUUCUAAUCACUUUAAAUGUGCGAAUUGCGAUUAUGAGACAAACUAUAAAUCGUCCUUAAAACGACACUUUUGGAUACAUAAGGCUUCUAAAGAUUUUAAAUGCCCUAACUGUGAAUAUAAAACAAACGACAAAAGGUAUCUGAAACGACACAUUUUGAAACAUACUGUUAGCAAAGAUUUUGUUUGUCGUACAUGUAAGUAUCGGACAAACAAUAAGCACAGUUUUAAACAACACCGUUUAACACACAGAGUUUUCAAAGAAGUUAAAUGCGAUGAUUGUGAUUUUAAGGCAAGUAAUACGUGGACUUUAAAACGUCAUCUUUUAAUACACAAGUCUUGUAAAGAUUUUAAAUGUGAUUAUUGUCAGUACGGUACCAAUGAUAAAUGCAACUUUAACAGACACGUUUUAACGCAUAAAGUUGGCAAAGUCGAACGACCAAAAGGUUGGUAUAGAAGUAUAUGUCCCAAGCCAUUGAUUCUCAAUCCCGAUAGUUUACCCCCGUAUGGCGUGGGAUAAUAUAUAUAGGGGAAAUGAUGAUUAUAAUAGUUUUUGAAUUUGUUAUCUGUAAAAUAAGAGUGCUAUUGUAAUUCUGUUCUGGGAAAUUUACUCUACGCUACAAUUUAUAUAAUAAAUGGAAAGUUUGCGAUCUUGAUUUCUGUAAGAAAACACUUUUUAUAUAAUAAAUGGAAAGUUUACGAUCUUGA